CACUGCUAUAUAUUUAUUGCUGGUAGAUUAAGACAUUGACAGCGCGAAGAGCAAUGUAACCGUUGCAAUGUUACCAUACGAAAUAGCCCGACAGCUCCAAGCUGUUUGCGCCGUUGCACGGUCUUUCUUAGGGCCUAAUAAAGCCUUAAAAUGCAUCAUCGAUAGCUGCUCAGAUGCCCGAAAUGGGCUUGUGGGCACCAUCCAAGCCUUUUUGCUUGCUGCGGAGGGCGAUCCCACUGCCACGACGCUGCUCCUGGAAACGUUAGAGUGUCAGGCGCCCGCCACUCAAGACGCGCCCUGCUACGGCUGUGCACCCGGUUCCGGUGCCACGUGGUUGGCGACCUUCUGCGGCCUGCUGCUGGGGCGUGUAUUACAGCUGUUGGACGAGCAAGGGCUGCCGUACGAAUGUGUACGGGCGGGGGUCCUUCAGGCAGUGGGCGAAUGCUGUGAGGCUGUUGGCGCAUGCGCUCUUGAGCUCCCCAUGGUUGCGGAGCAGCGCUGGCAGCAGCGCCCGCAGGAGCUGAGCUGCUACUGUGACUCCGUGAUGUCGCUGGUGAUUGAGGAGCAGCAGCAGCAGCACGGCGGCCCUGACGAACAACACGGUGACGGGGACGAGGAGGAUGAGGGGGGCGAAUGUGAAGGCGCCAGGGCGGUCGCGGCGAUGCUGUCCCAACCAGAAGACUUGCUCGCGCGGUCCCUCGGCCGCGACAGAGGAGAGGCUCCAGAGCAGCCGGUGCAGCUGCAGGAUUCGCUGCAAGGGUGCCGGCAGCAGCAGCAGAUGCAGCAGCAUGACAGCAGCUGUGGGCAGAGCCGAGGGAGAGGAGCGGUGGUGAAGGAGCAAGCUGACGACGAGUUUGGUUGGUUUGACGAGCUGAUGACGACUGGGGGUGUGGCUGCGGCGGCGUGGGAGACAGCAGUGGUGGCGGCUAGGACUUUAGCAGCAGGGGCAGAAGCGGCAACAGCGGGUGCGGAAGCGACGGCAGUGCGGUCAUUGGGCGGUGUAGGGCACUGUACGACAUCCGCGGGUACGACAGCUUCCGAUACAAUAACAUCGGGUACGACAGCAGCUGGUGGAACCGGUCUGCGGCGCCCUCCUCCCUUGACCGGAUCGUUGCGUAGCUGCAGCCAUCGUACCGCGGCUAGGGGAGGAGAUGCCGGCGGCGUUGCAGAUUCCGGAGUUGCGGACGACGACGAUGAAGAUGACGAGUUUGGUUGGUUUGAGUCGUAUGUUGUAGGCGAUGCAGUUGUCGCUAGUGUCGGCGGUGCUGCCGGUGCGGUGAAGCAACAGGCCGCAGCGCGGGAAGAGGAUGCCGGACGUAAUGUACAUGGCUCGCUUACGGCCUUCUCCUCCUCGGGCGACGUAGACAGCGACGAUGAUGACCGCAGCACGGCACGCUGUGGUAGCAGCAGCAGCCAGAAAGAAGAGGAUUUCGGUUCACAUGAGCACGACAUAACCCACAGCUGCGCUGCAGCUGCCAGGGGUUGCAACGCCGUCGCGGCUGCGGGGACCAAUAACCUUGGGACUGCUCUCUCCGUCAGGACUGCUGCCGAACCCCAAACUCCUUGUAACGCCGAGUGCAACACCGGUAACGGCAGGUGCAGCGGCGACGGCAGCAGCGGCGGCGACGGCGGCGAGGCUGAUGAGGAGGUGUUGGCGGCGCUAGAGGAGGAGGCUGCCUGGUUCUUUGGUGAGGGGGAGCUGCAGGCGGAGCGGGAGGUGCGGGCGCAGCGAAGGGAGCUAGGGCGACUGGGAGCCCGGCUGGGAGCGUUGCUGGGGCCAAAAAUAUGUGAGGCGGCUGUAGCGAAGACGACGGCGAGAGCGGCGGUGGUGCCGCUGCCGCCGACGGGGUCCACUGGAACGAUAAUGACGUCCCUGCCGCCGCAGCCGCAGCCGCGGCAGCAGCAGGAAAACGACUCCGCCGACGUCACUGCUGCCCUCGCCGAAGUGCCGGCAAGUGAGGUCAACCGCCAGCACGCCGCCAGCCGAUGCGGGGGCGUGCCUAGCCGGCUGGACCCGCUGUCUCGACUUGUAUGCGCGGCAGCAGCAGGCUUGGCGCACGGACGCGAGCUGGAAAUGCGGUUGGCGGCAGCUGCGGCGCUGCUUCUGCUGGGCCCAAUGGUACGGCGCCCACCACCAUCAUCGCUGAGUUCAUCAACGUGCUCACCGUCACCAACAGUCGCGGCGGAAGUUGCGGCAGCGGCGGCGAUAGAGGUGGAAGAAAAAGAAGAUGAAGAGUCGUUGGCGGCGGUUGCCGAGCGAGUAGGACAGGCAGCGGCGAGGCUGCGGUACGACCGCUGCAUUCUGACGUCAGAGCUAAUGGGCCGACCGGCGGAGGUCUCAGCGGGCGUCCUGUGCGGCGUCUGUGUGCCGCUGUCUUCCCUUAGCGACGCUCAAGCAAACCUAGCCACCUCCUUCUUCACCGCUUCCAAAACCAAAUCCGCUGGGAACCAUGCGCCGCCAUCGUCAUGCUCCAACCAAGCCAUCACGGCGGUUUUCUUCCACGGUGCACUGCAACCCGACCACGUGACCCACGGGUCACUCGUCAUCACCGACGCCGCCGGACUCGCCGCAGCCGACGCUGAUGCGCGCCUCGAGUCCUACGCCUCUCGGCUUCUAGCCAAACUGCGUCCUCACGGCGUUCAGCUCCUUCUAGCCAGCGGACACAUCCCAGACCGCCUGGUCUCCGUACUCCACCAGCUAACCGACGGCGCGCUGCUAGCACUCGGCGGCGUCGGGGUACGUGCCGUACAAGCGGCGGCGGCGUGUUGCGGCGUCGCGACCGCCGCUAGCCUGUCGUUCCUGGGACCGUACUGCCUGGCGACUGGGACCAGGGUGGAUCUCGCGGCAGGAGGGCUAGGGUUACGAGACUACAGGCGUGGCGGUGGAGGUGGCGGUGGAGGUGGUGGUGAAAGCGGUGGUGGCAAGGGGCAUGUCGCGCAGGAAGCGGUGCUGCGGGUAAUGGCGCCGGAUCCGUCAGGGCAGGCACCAACAAAACGGCAGGUGCAGCAGCAGCAGGAGCGAUGUCAGGGGCCGCUGAAGCCUCCAGUGCAGCCUGGAGGCUCCCUAGGACCUCGUGGGGGCCCCGGCUGGGUUACAGUGGUGUUGGCACACACCGUUCCAGCCCAGCUAGAGCUACAGGCGGCAGCCUUCAAGACCUCCUUCCAGCGGUUGAUUGCAGCCCUGCGAUCCUGCCGAGUGCUGCCGGGUGCAGGUGCAUGGGAGCUAGCGGUGGCUGAACACCUCUCGCAGCGUGCUGACAAGCUACAGCAGCAGCAGCAGCAGCGGGAGGAGCGGGAGGAGCCCCAUGCAGCGUCGAAAGGCGCAGUCGCUGCAGACACUCCUACAGCUACAGCCACCAGGGCUGCGACAUCCUCUCAAGCAGCAGUAGCAGCAUUAGCAGCGCCACGGGUGACGGUAAAAGCGGCCGCAACUCCUGCAGCCAUGGCGGGAGGAGUACAAGUGGCAGUAGCAGCAGAUGACAUAAAGGAGGAGGAGAGCGAGGGUGACCCACGGGUCAUGUACACCCCGUUAUGCUACCGAGCGGUGGCAGAGGCUCUGCGGGAGAUGGUGGGUGUGGUGCUGCAGAACGCGGGCUGCGGCUGGUUGGAGUCGCUAGCAGCUGUAGCGGUGUGCACCAGACACCUGCGGGAGGGCAACGUAGAGGCGCUGAAGCGGCUGGCGGGGACGGAGGCGGCGGCCGCUGUGGCGACGGCGGCGGGUGUGUCGGGGGGUGCCGGUGUGGUGUCACGAGGCAAGUGUAGAAGAGGC